GAGAGAGAAUUUAAAGGGUAAAGAGGGCGGAGAGAGAGUACUAAAUCCACUUUUCGUCCUGCUGGAUCUAGGGUUUCCUCUUCCCCUGUGUGACUCAACUGUAAUCAGCAGUAGUUCAUCAGACCCUAAAUCUAAAACUUCGAUUUUGACUCCAGAGGGUUCAACGGCAUCCUCACCGUCGUCUGUAAUACAAUCAACCACUCUAUCGAAGGAAAUCUGUUUUCUUAAAAAAUCUUAACUACUCUUUGGAUGUUUUUAUAUUCUCUCUGUAUCAGUUAAUCAUAAGAAAUUCGGACCGACGAUAUUCAUAUUUCAAAGAACGUGAACUACGACGAUCUUAUUGCCGGCUUUCUAUUUUGAUUUUAUUAUAAAAUAAAAUUUCCACGACGAGAAACUUAACGACAAAAUCUGAAUCUGGUCAUUUGUAAGUUAUUUUUGUUGUCGGGGUAGGCGAAUAUGUAUAAAUCUAUGGAGAUGGUGAAGGUGUAUGAAGGUCAGACACUUCUGGGAGAGGUGGAAUUGUGCCCCCAGAACGGUGUCGUUUGGACCGAGAAGGAAAUUCGAGUUUCUCACUAUUCGCUACCCAGUGAGAGAUGCCCACCACUUGCAGUGCUUCACACUGUUGCUUCCUCCUCCUCCUCCUCCUCCUCCGGGCUUAGCUUCAAACUGGAAUUCAGGUCUCCAAAGACGCAACAGACACAGGACUACUUGCCACUCCAUGCUUUGCAUGCCACCUGUCUCAGAGAAAAGAAGACUGCUGUGAUGUCACUUGGAAGGGAGGAGCUUCAUUUGGUUGCCAUGCAGUCUAGGGACUACGGUGGCCUUUGCCCAUGCUUUUGGGGAUUCGUCGUUUCUCCAGGAUUAUACAGCUCCUGCCUGGUCAUGCUAAACCUGAGAUGUCUUGGCAUUGUAUUUGAUCUUGAUGAAACACUCAUAGUUGCCAACACUCUCAGGUCAUUUGAAGAUAGGAUAGAGAAUUUGCAGCGCAAACUAAAUGCUGAGACUGACCCACAACGUGUAUCAGGUAUGCUGGCUGAGGUGAAGCGUUAUCAAGAAGAUAAAAGUAUAUUGAAGCAAUAUGCUGAAAAUGAUCAGGUCAUUGAUAACGGAAAGGUGAUUAAAUGUCAGCCUGAAGUCUUCCCAGCUUUAUCUGAUAGUCAUCAGCCAAUUGUUCGUCCACUUGUGAGGCUACUGGAUAAAAAUAUUAUUCUGACUCGUAUAAACCCAUUGAUCCGUGAUACAAGUGUUCUUGUGAGAUUGAGACCUGCAUGGGAUGAUCUCCGAGGCUACUUGAUUGCAAAGGGUAGGAAGCGCUUUGAAGUAUAUGUUUGCACAAUGGCUGAAAGAGAGUAUGCUCUAGAAAUGUGGAGGCUUCUUGAUCCAGAUUUAAAUUUAAUUAGCUCGAAUGAGCUCUUGGAUCGUAUAGUCUGUGUCAAGUCUGGCUUGAAGAAAUCCUUGUUCAAUGUUUUCCAAGAUGGGACUUGUCACCCUAAGAUGGCUUUGGUCAUUGAUGAUCGUUUGAAAGUGUGGGAUGAGAGAGAUCAACCCAGAGUGCAUGUUGUUCCUGCCUUUGCUCCAUAUUAUGCCCCUCAAGCUGAAGCCAACAAUUCUACUCCUGUGCUAUGUGUUGCAAGAAAUGUUGCCUGUAAUAUCAGGGGUGGUUUUUUCAAAGAUUUUGAUGAGGGGCUCUUACAUCGAAUUUCAGAAGUGGCAUAUGAAGAUAAUUUUAAGGAAAUACCUGCUGCUCCUGAUGUUAGCAAUUAUUUGAUUUCAGAGGAUGAUACAACCACUCCCAAUGGGAAUAAAGAUGCCCUUGGUUUUGAUGGCAUGGCUGAUACUGAAGUUGAAAGGAGACUAAAGGAGGCAAUGGCUGCUUCAGCAACUAUCCCUUUUGCAGCUUCUAACUUGGAUCCUAGAAUAUCCGCAGCUGCUUUUCAAGUCCCAUCCCAGUCUUCUUCGUUCUCAAUUCCUGCUCCACCAAUGCAAGCACUGGGGAUGCCUCCCUCUUGCAGUCAACAGCUACCUCAAGUGGCUCCACUGCUCAAAUCAACACUGACCCAAGUGACGACUCAAGACAUAACAAGCUUGCAGAGUUCUCCUGCUAGAGAAGAGGGUGAGGUACCAGAAUCAGAACUGGAUCCUGAUACCAGGAGGAGACUACUUAUUUUACAGCAUGGUAUGGACAACAGAGAACAUCCUCCUGGUGAAUCCCAGCCUCCUGCACGGUCCUCUGUACAAACAUCUGUUCCUAGGGUUCAAUCCCACAGUUGGUUUCCGAAUGAAGAAGAUAUGGUGGGUCCUGGGCAACUGAAAAGAGGCCUACCACCUAAGGAUUUUUCUUCAAGUGGGGAUUCAGUGCAUAUGGAGAAGCACCGUCUUCAUCCGCCUCCUUAUCACCACAAAAUGGAUGGCUCUGUUCCCUCUGAUAGACUUGUUGAAAGCCAGAGGCUGCCAAAGGAAGCAAGUGAUGAUCGAAUGAGAAUGAAUCAAUCUCUUCCAAGAUUUCAAUCAUUUUCAGGUGAAGAAGUUCCCUUGUCUAGGGCUGGAAGUAGGGAUCUUGAUCUUGAAGCGGGUCGAUUUGAUUCAUAUGCUGAAACAGAAGAUGGGGCAUUACAAGAUAUUGCAUUGAAGUGUGGAACAAAGGUGGAGUUCAGGUCAGUAUUGGUUUCAAGCUGUGAUCUGCAGUUCUCUUCUGAGGCCUGGUUUGCGGGAGAGAAAAUUGGAGUAGCAACGGGUAGAACUAGAAGGGAAGCACGGCAUCAGUCAGCUGAAAGAUCUCUUAGAAAUUUGGCUGAGAAGUACCUGUCAUGUGUUAACCCUGACUCCAGUUCUGUACCUGGCGAUGCAAGUCACUUCAUUAAUUCAAACGAUAAUGGCUUUGCAAAUGACAAGAGCAUGUUUGGGUACCAAUCAUUGGCCAAGGAGGAUGUACUGCCUUUUUCAUCAACACCAGAACCACCAAGAGGUCUUGACCAUAGAAUGGACACUUCGAAGAAGUCAAUCGGUUCAGUUGCUACACUUAGAGAGCUCUGCACAAUGGAGGGUCUUAGUUUGGCCUUUCAAACUCAACCACAACUUUUAGCUGCUCCAGGACAGAAAAGUGAAAUAUAUGCUCAGGUUGAAAUAGAUGGAGAGGUGUAUGGGAAGGGAAUUGGGUGUACAUGGGAUGAAGCCAAGGCACAGGCUGCUGAAAGGGCUCUUGGAGCUCUAAACCCCACUCUUAGUCAGUUCUCAUUCAAGCGCCAGGGUUCCCCAAGGUCGUUGCAGGUGUUCAACAAUAAAAGAUUGAAGUCUGAAUACCCUAGAAUUUUGCAGCGUUUGCCAUCUUCUUCCAAGUUUUCCAAGAAUGCUAAUGCUGUGCCAUGAAAUAUAUAUACAUUGUGAUGAAAAAGCUGCCCGCUGUUAUGGUUUGGUGUGCCCCAGUUAGCAUACCCUUUGGUUACCAUAAUACCUUUACGCUGAUCAGUUCCACACUUCCACUUCCUCUGAUUUGAAAGAGUUGUUUGGAAUUCUAACCUUGCAGAUUAGAAUAUCCAUCAACUUUGUGGGGACACUACAUAGUAGGUACAGAGGGGGGAGGAUGCACCCAUUGACCCACAAGCCUCCUUAAACACAAUAGUGUGGAGUUUGUAAUGUUCUUCAGGUAAGCACAUCAGAAUGCAUGGUUCGAGUCUCUCUUGUCAAAGUUCGUAAACAGAAAAGAUAGUGAUGGCGUGAAGAUGUGUACCAAAAGUUAGGUUGAUGUUAGUGUCUUGAUCCUAUGCUAUACAACCUUGUGGCAUGGGUUCCCUUCUCUUUUCUUCAUUGUUUUUACCUUUUCUUUUUCCUGUAGAGUUUUCAAUGCAAUUUCUUCAUUUAUCUCUCUAUGUAAGACACAACUUUGGUACGUAAUGAUAAUGAGUUUUUCAACUUUAAUUUUACAUCCACUUCAUUUAA